AGAGCUUGUGGAGAUUGCCAUGCGCGAAAAGUUAAGUGUGACGGUGCUAUUAAUGGCUUCCCCUGUCGCAACUGUAGGCUAGCAAAGGUUCAUUGUGUUGUUCCUGAGAGGCGAAAGCGCCGAGCCCAAGCGUCUGGCCGGUCUUCCGCACAAGGAGGGAAGAGAUUGACUGUUGUAGCUUCGAACCGACAGCGAGCAGCAGCGGAAUCGGAGCCUAUCUCUGGGGACUCUAGUGCCCAGGAACAUGGGGAGGAGUCUUCUCGACCCGGAAUCUCUCAUAGAACGGCGGAUGCAGAAUAUGCAAAGCAGAACCUAGUGGAAUUCUUCAGCCAGAACCUCCGAGAGAAACCCAUACAAACACGCCUUACCUAUAUUGGGAGUGAUCUAUCUACCCUUGGCUAUCUUGUUCGCCAGCAGUCGACAAAUCAGCAUGUUCACCACUACCCUUCCUCCAAUAGUUACGCACCACGCAUACCUGGACGACUACAAGGUGUUCCAGCGCCCAACCUGAUUCCCAAAGAUGCCUUUGUUCUUCCACCUAAAAAUGUCUCUGAUGUUCUGAUUGGGGCAUAUUUUGAACAUGUUCACGGCAUUUUUCCCAUCAUCGACCGAGAAGACUUCCUCGCUCAGUAUGAAGCUCCGACUUCAGCACCACCGCUACUCCUGUUUCAUGCCAUAUGUCUAGCAGGAAGUCAUGUCGUUUCCACGCUUGAAAACACUCAAGAGCUAAAAAGUGCUCUUUUUCGCCGUGCAAAAGCGUUGUUCGAUGGGCGAUACGAGGAAGACCGUAUGCAUAUGGUACAAGCGGCCCUGCUCUUGACCUGGUUUUCUGAUGGUGGAGAUGAUGUGUGCGCCAAUGCUUGGUGGUGGAUUGGUGUGGCAUCCCGUAUUGCUCUUGGAUUGGGCAUGCAUCGAGAUGUUGGCCCAAGCAAUAUGCUGGAACGCGACAAAACAACCUGGAGGAAGAUCUGGUGGUGCUUGGUCCAAUUCGACGUGCUCGUGUCUCUAUGUUAUGGUCGACCGCAGAAUAUAAACUUGGAUGACUGUGACACGCCGCCCCUUGGCGUAGAAGAUUUCGAUGCCUCUGCCAGUGGGGAUGAGGCAAACUUUUGCAUUUACCACGCGAAGCUCUGCGCGGAUAUAUCCCUUUUACUUAGGACUCAUUUUUCCAUUAAAACCCAGAAAUCCCUAAGCAACUGGAGAAACUCUCUUCAAUCUCUGGAUCUCAAACUUGCUGAGUGGCUCAUUAAUUUGCCCACUGGAUUUCGGGACCGUGGCCAACCAACAAAUUUACACAAGUCCAUGCUAUUCCUCACAUACGAAGCUGCUUUGGUCCAAGUCCACCGCCUACGGUUAUCUUUAUCGGACGAUGUGCCUACGGUGGAUCUGCUAGAUAACGACCGGAUAUGCACAGAAGCAGCCUCAAACAUUAUUCGUAUUUUCCAAGAGAUCGAUAAGCUCUCCGCUCUACAAAACUGCUGGUUCUUUGCUCCCAGUGCGCUAUUCACAGCCCUUGUCCAAGUUCAAGCUCAAUUGCGAAGUGAAAACCCUAUUAUUUCGCUCAAUGCCCAAGAAACCUAUACUUCAGGCUUGCGAAUAUUACGGCACCUCUCCCAGCACUGGCUCAUGGCAGCAUCAGUAUGGCACCUG